AUGAAGAUCGAGGCAUCAGAUCUCAGGCAGCUGGAUGUUGAGCAGCUUGAGGAGAAGGCUAACGAGGUCAAGGCAGAGCUGGCGCGCCUCCGCCAGAAGAAGAACAGCGGAGACGUCGGCAAGGACGACAUCAGGACAGCCAGGAAGAACUUGGCACGCAUCCUCACCGUCAGACGCGAGAAGAUUCUCCAGGAGGUCGUCGAGAAGUACAGGGGAACCCCGGUCCACAAGCUUCCGAAGGUCCUUAGGCCCAAGCUCAACAGGGCCAAGAGACAGGCCCUCACAAAGGACCAGCUCAAAAGAAAGACAGGGAGGCAAAGAGCAAGAGAAAGUAAGUUCCCAAAGGUUAUAUUUGCUUACAACGAAUAA